CGAAGUUCAUACAUCAUAAUCAUCAUUCAUCAUCCUUCAUUUUCCCCCAUCUUGCGUUCAUAGCUCAUUGACAUACAACACAAUUGAAUUUGCUUCAUCCAUGCCAUACAUACAUACUUCGCAAUGUGCCUAAGCUUUGAAUUCUGAAGAUGCCGUACCCAAAGAGCAUGAACAACGAAGAAGGCACAACAACAAACAAAGCCAAGAGCAGAAAACCCAAACCCAGUUUUGUCUCUCGAUUUUCCAUCACCACCCAAACACUGUUUUCCUCCAUGACUCGCAAACCCCUUCUCAAACAAACCCUAGCCACCUUCUUCCUCAUCCUCAUCCUCUACGCGCUUUUCAACGCCUUCUUCCACACCGCCGAUUCCUCCGCCGCCUUCGACACCACCGCCUUCUCUUCCUCCGUCCUCCUCGCCGGCAGCCCCCCCAAACCUCCCGCUGUCAAAGUCUACCUCUACGAUCUCCCUCGCAGGUUCACCCACGGGGUUAUCUACCACCACUCCCUCGCGCGUGGCACACGCGCCGGUGUCGAUGAGAACGAUAUGGCGUCGCUCAAGUACCCCGGCCACCAGCACAUGGCGGAGUGGUAUCUCUUCUCCGAUCUCUCCCGACCUGAAUCGAAGCGCGCCGGUUCCCCGGCGGUUAGGGUUCUGGAUCCUGACGAUGCGGAUUUGUUCUUCGUGCCGUUCUUCUCAUCGCUGAGCUUGAUCGUGAACCCGGCCCGGCCUGCUGGUUCGGGUUCCGGUGCGGAGAAGCCGGUUUACAGCGACGAGGAGAAUCAGGAGGCGUUGGUGGAGUGGCUGGAGAGGCAGGAGUAUUGGAAGAGGAGCAAUGGGAGGGACCAUGUGAUUGUGGCCUCGGAUCCGAAUGCAAUGUACCGGGUUAUCGAUCAGGUUAAGAACUGUGUGCUGCUCGUGUCGGAUUUCGGGCGGGUGAGACCUGACCAGGGGUCUCUGGUGAAGGAUGUGGUGGUGCCUUACUCGCACCGUAUCAGAACCUAUGAGGGUGACGUCGGUGUCGAUAAUCGCAACACCUUGUUGUUUUUCAUGGGCAAUCGGUACCGCAAAGAGGGAGGGAAAAUUCGUGAUAUACUCUUUCAAAUUCUAGAACAAGAAGAGGAUGUUGUAAUAAAACAUGGGGCACAAUCGAGAGAGAGUCGGAGGGCAGCUUCACAAGGAAUGCAUACAUCAAAAUUCUGUUUACAUCCUGCAGGAGAUACUCCAUCAGCCUGCCGUCUGUUUGAUGCUAUAGUUAGCUUGUGCAUUCCGGUGAUUGUCAGCGAUAAUAUUGAGUUGCCUUUUGAGGAUACCAUAGACUAUCGAAGGAUUGCUGUAUUUGUUGAAACUUCUGCUGCUAUAAAGCCAGGAUAUUUGGUGUCAAUUUUGAGAGCCAUAACACCAGAUAGAAUCUUGGAAUAUCAAAAAGAAAUUAAAGAGGUGAAGAGAUACUUUGAAUAUGAAGAACCAGAUGGGACGGUUAAUGAGAUUUGGCGCCAAGUCUCGAGAAAACUACCCUUGAUUAAAUUGAUGAUUAAUCGUGAGAAAAGGCUGGUUACAAAGGAGGAAGCUGAUUGCUCUUGCAUAUGCACUAACCAGACUGCCAUCACAACCUUGUAGCACUUCUCUCACCAUCGGGUUUGCAUACUAUGUGACUCAGUUUUGUUUGUGAGGAUUAGAACAUUUAAUUAGGGAUAAUGAUAGUUGUAAAUAUGGUUUCUCUCAUAUUUCACAUAGGGGUGACUUGGAAAUUUUUGUUGACAAUCCCUAUAUGCUCAACUCAUUCCAAAUAGAAUUUGUCACGCAUGUGAAUAUGUAUGAGAAAUUAUUUGUGUAACUAUCAUUGUCCAGUAGUGAAUUCUUCCUGGUACAGCGGUACUGACUUGAGUGUUACUCCUAUAUCUGAAGGCUGGGCAUAGCUCGCUACCUGCCGUGUGUGUACGAGUGUAAGUGUAAGGGUUGUCAUUGUAGAUUUAACAAGCCCCAUAUAAGCUUACACAAAUCGACUGCUAGGAUAAGUAAAAACAAAGUGUAGUGUACCUUGAUUGUAUUGUACAGGAUACAGAAUAAGUCAUCAUCAUUAUUGUUAUUAUUAUUCUUAUUAUCUUA